CGCCUGUGUUAGCAUACACACUGUAGCUGUGUGGUACAGGCUGGCUGGGGGGUGAGUUUCAGCAAAUCCUUCCAAAACCGUCAUACAGGACGCAGUUCGGCGCCGGAGUUCAGAAAUUUACUACAAUUACAUACCUAAAUUUUUUUUGAAAUGCGAUUUUAUCCUGUGCAGCGAAGUUAAAGUGCUAGCUAACGCAGUCGGUUGCUAUGGCACCCCCUGUUUUUUUCCGUUAGUCGAUGGAGCCGUUCCGUUAUUCCGGAUCAGGGGACUUAUUCUGCGCGAGCCAACUUCGUUACUCUGGUCGUCGUCCUUUCGCUGUUAGCUUGUUAGCUUGUUAGCCAGAUAACGUAAACAAGCUGCGGAACGAAUGGUGUAAACGUUACACAAAAAAAACGAGGAUGUAAAAUUUAGCUAAAUAAACCACCGAAUGAAUUAGAAAUUGUAACUUUGCGUUCCUGAAAAUAAUAAAAAUACUAAUAAAAUAACUCGAGCGGUUUCUUCUUCGCUGGUGCAGUACGAAAGAAACGCGGGUGGUUUUCUUCUUCUGUGGUGUGAGUAACGAUAAAUACAAUUAAACAAACCAGAAAGUCAACCCAGGCGUUUUUUUUCCAUCUAUUCGUGCUUUAUUUUCGAUUUAGACAACAUCUGCGUGUUUUUUGUGGUGCCUUUUGUUAAUCUGCAGCCAAACACUGCCAUUACACCCUGCGGGUUUUUAUAUAUAUAUAUAUAUUUUUGUAUUUUUAUCCCUUUAUGUUGUGCAGCUGUGUCUCAGCCUGAGAUCUCUUCUCCAUUAAACCCUAAGUGGAAGUGUGAAUCUGUGAUUACAGUUUUUAGUUAAAGCAUUAGAUAACCCACACAUAUACACUCAAGGAAGUCAGGAAAAGCUAUGAAAACCCUGAGCUGAGAUCCCCGGAGCCUUGUGGAAAUCUGCUGUAAGAGAUAAUCGCCCUUUUGGCCACCAUGCCCGGCCCGGUGGCUGGCAGCACAGCUCGGGUCUAUGCCGAUGUGAACACCCUGAAGAGCCGGGAAUACUGGGACUAUGAAGCGCAUGUGCCAAACUGGAGUAAUCAGGAGGACUAUCAGCUGGUGCGGAAGCUGGGCAGAGGGAAGUACAGCGAGGUGUUCGAGGCCAUUAAUGUCAGCAACAGCGAAAAGGUCGUGGUCAAGAUCCUGAAGCCUGUCAAGAAGAAAAAGAUCAAGCGGGAAAUUAAAAUCCUGGAGAACCUGAGAGGAGGAACCAACAUCAUCCGGCUCGUGGACACCGUGAAGGACCCUGUGUCUCGAACUCCAGCUCUUGUCUUCGAGUGCAUCAAUAACACGGAUUUCAAGGAGCUGUACCAGAAGUUAACAGAUUUCGAUAUUCGUUAUUACAUGUACGAACUACUAAAGGCUCUGAACUACUGCCACAGUAUGGGCAUCAUGCACCGUGACGUCAAGCCCCACAACGUUAUGAUCGAUCACCAGCUGAGGAAGUUGAGGCUGAUCGAUUGGGGUCUGGCUGAGUUCUAUCACCCAGCGCAAGAGUACAACGUCAGAGUGGCAUCUCGCUAUUUCAAGGGUCCCGAGCUGCUCGUGGAUUACCAGAUGUAUGACUACAGUCUAGACAUGUGGAGUCUGGGCUGCAUGCUGGCCAGUAUGAUUUUCAGGAAGGAACCGUUCUUCCACGGCCAGGACAACUACGACCAGUUGGUGCGAAUUGCUAAAGUCCUCGGGACCGACGAGCUCUUCGGCUACCUUCGCAAAUACCACAUCGAGCUGGACCCGCGCUUCAAGGACCUGCUUGGCCACAGGCAGACGCGAAAAUGCUGGGAGCAGUUUGUGCAGACGGAGAAUCAGCACCUGGUGAGUCCCGAAGCUCUGGACCUGCUGGAUAAACUACUGCGCUACGACCACCAGCAGAGACUCACCGCCACCGAAGCCAUGGAGCACCCCUACUUCUACCCAGUGCUGAAGGAACAGUCUCUUAACAAUGCGAAUAACACUGUAGGAUCAGAAGGAUCUAAUGCAGCUCGGUGAACAGAUUUUCAGAAAGCUGAAAAUAACUCGUUACCUCAGUUUACCCUUCGUGGCAGAAACCUCUCAAUGUGUACAGAUGAAGACGGGCAAAAGCAGUGUUGACCAGUUUACACAUUUACACACACACACACACACACACACACACACACACACACACACACACACACACACAAUGUUGUCCUUCUUCGUAUCAGUGAAGGUCGGUCUGUCCCCUGUACCUCCAUAGGCGCUGAAGCCAUUUUAGUUUGAAGAUCUUGAAGGUGCCUCCUGUUUUAUCGCUAAGUGAGGAGUUGUUAGAGGAAUACGGCCAGUCUCCACUCCCCCCUCGUACCGUGACCCUGCCUCUGUUUACCUUGACGUGAAGAGUGAAGCACAGAUAAUACCUUGCCCUCACCGUUCUCCUCACUGGUCUGUCUGUGUGUUCAGUAUUCAGACCCCAGUUUGGUGUUUUUUUCGCACCACCACACAGAACAAGUGGCAUAUUGGACCUCAUUUCUCUCUGCUCUAGGUAGAAAAGCAUUAAUGACAAUAAAUGACUUUUAUUUA